AUGGCAGAGCACCACCUUCCCCCGGAGCCAGGCCACCACCACAAAGGCGGGAAGGGAGUCCACGCCGACGACCUCAAGCCCGCCCGGCGCCGCGGCUACGGCUACUACGGCCACGACAGGGGCUCCAGCGGGCUCCUCCGCACGCUCUGCUUCCUCGUCCUGGUCAUACUCCUCCUCGCCGGCAUCACCGCGCUCGUGCUCUACCUCGUGUACCGCCCCACCGGCCCCGCCUUCGCCGUGAACUCCAUCGCCGUCUACUCCAUCUCCAACGUCGCCGCCUCCUCCGCGGCCCCGGGCGCGCCCAGCGCCGUGGCGGCGUCGUUCCAGUGCUCCCUCGUCAUCCGCAACCCGAGCGGGCGCGCGUCCGCGCGGUACGACCGUCUGACGGCGUACGUGGUUUACCGCGGGGAGGCCAUCACGGCGCCCGCGCAGCUGCCGCCGCUGGCGCAGGACCCGGACAGCGCGGUGGUGGUGGCGCCCGUGAUCGGGGCCGGCGCCGGGGCGCCCCCCGUGCCCGUGUCGCACGACACCGCGGCGGCCCUGGCCAACGACGUGUCCUACGGCGUGGUGUCGCUCCGGGUGGUGCUGCUCGGCCGCGUGCGCUUCGUGUCCGGCCCGUUCCGGAGGGGGUGGCGCUCCAUGUACGCGCGCUGCGACCUGCUCGUCGGCGUCCGCAAGGGCCCUGGCGUCGGCGCCGCCGGUGUCCCCGAGGCGCCUCUGCUCGGCAACCCCUCCUGCGACGUGGAGAUAUGA